GUCUUUCGGCUUUCUCUCGGAAUUGACUUCAAAGCUUCAGAGUGCUUUGAAAUCCGCUGUGAAGAGAGACGGUAUCUGUCGUUUAGUGUGCGAAUCAUUAGCAUCUCCCAUUGUCCCCAGCAUCCCAAACAACUCCAACGCCAACAUGGCUUCUUCCUCUUCCAACGCGGACGACUUUCAAGUCUACAAGCUUGGUGAUUUCAAACUCAGGUCUGGCGGAGUCAUCCCGGAUGCCGUUAUUGCGUACAAGACGUUCGGCGACCCGUCUUUGCCAGCAGUCAUAUACCCGACAUGGUAUUCAGGCUUGAUAUCCGAUAACCUCUGGCUUAUAGGGCCCGGUAAGACCUUGGACCCGGCGAACUACUAUAUCAUCAUACCUGCACUCUUUGGCAACGGCCAAUCUUCAUCACCCUCGAACAGGCCGGACCUCCGCCCCUUCCCUGAAGUCCUCUUCUACGACAAUGUUCGAGCUCAACACGAGCUUGUCACGAAGCAUCUCGGCAUCAAGCAUGCUAAGGCCGUCCUUGGUUGGUCCAUGGGUGCUGGCCAGUCAUAUCAGUGGGCGACGCAGUACCCAGACUUCAUGGAUCUCAUUGCUCCCUUCUGUGGCAGUGCCCGCACGAGCUUGCACAAUCAGGUGAUGCUGGAAGGCGUCAAAUCGGCCUUGUAUGCAGCGAAGGGCACUGCAUCCGCCGGCGUAUCGAAGCCAGACGUCCGCACCGCGCAGGACGGAUAUUCCGAGUUCCCUCAAGAGGCCAAAGAGGCCGCACUCAAAGCCCUAGGCCGGGUCUAUGCGGGUUGGGGUUUCAGCCAGGCCUUCUACCGUGAGAGGGUGUAUGAGAAGGUGCUGGGAUUCAGAAGCCUCGAUGAGUUCCUCGUCGGCUUCUGGGAGAAGUGGUCGUGCUCCAAGGAUCCUGAGAAUAUGCUUGUCAUGGCGCAUACAUGGCAGGCAGCAGACUGCUCGCAGCAGGAGCCGUACGACGGCGAUUUCGCAAAAGCAAUGCGUGCGAUCAAGGCAAAGGCUCUCGUGAUGCCGUCGAAGACAGAUCUUUACUUUCCCCCUGAGGACAGUGAGAUAGAGGUCCAGAGUAUGAGUCCGGGUAUCGGGCAGCUCAAAGUUUACUCCACCAUUUGGGGCCAUUGGGCUGGCGGCCCCGGUGGAAGUCCUGAUGACGUGAAGUGGCUAGACGACAAUCUGAGGGAGUUCUUUGCCUCAAACUGACGUGAAGAGGUCAACGCUGGGGGUGCUAGGAAGAAAUAACGGAAAUUGACUAGUACUUUUAUUGUUCGUCAUUCAGACUUUUCGAGCUUUCCAUAUUGC